GUUAAGUAUAUGCGUUGGGUGCCGAGUGCAGCAAGAUUCCGCGACGUUCUUUAGGAAAACAAAAAAACUUUAUUUGAUAUAGUUUUUUUUAUUUUUUAUGUAAACGCAUAUUUAUUUUCAGGAAAUACCAGUUUUUAAAAAAAAUAUAUAUAUUUUUUACAUUAUUACAAUAAUACUUUAAUUUCCAAUGGCUGAUGGCGAUAGAGGCGUUUUCGGAAUCGCGGAGAUGAUUAAAGACCGCUUGUACUUUGCGACUCUCAGAGGGAAACCAAAAAGUACGGCGAACGCACAUUACUUCUGCACGGACGACGAGUUUGUCUACGAAAACUUCUACGCAGACUUCGGUCCUGUCAACUUGGCCAUGCUGUAUCGCUACUGCUGCAAACUGAACAAAAAGCUCAAGUCGUUCACCCUUUCCCGGAAGCGCAUCAUUCAUUACACCAGCUACGACCAGCAGAAGAGAGCCAACGCCGCCUUCCUGAUCGGCGCCUAUACUGUCAUAUACCUAAAGAGAACGCCAGAGGAAGUCUUCCACGCCCUGAUAUCUGGGACUAACGUGUCCUACCUGCCCUUUAGAGACGCUGGCUUCGGGAACUGCACCUAUAACCUGACCAUCUUAGACUGUUUACAAGGAAUCCGUAAGGCCCUGCAGCACGGGUUUUUCGAUUUUGAGACAUUUGACGUCGGGGAGUACGAGCACUAUGAGCGUGUAGAAAAUGGUUACUUGAACUGGGUUGUGCCUGGAAAGCUGCUAGCCUUCAGUGGGCCUCAUCCUAAGAACAAAUUCGAGAACGGAGUCUCUCUCCAUGCCCCGGAGGUGUUCUUCCCCUACUUCCACCAGCACAAUGUCAGUGACGUGGUCCGGCUUAACAGGAAGAUGUACGAGGAGUCACGCUUUACAGACGCCGGCUUCGCGCAUCACGACCUGUUCUUCGUGGAUGGUGGCACGCCGAGUGACAUCAUUGUCCGACGCUUCCUGCACAUCUGCGAGACGUCCGAGGGUGCCGUUGCAGUCCAUUGCAAAGCCGGUUUGGGCAGGACAGGUACCCUGAUCGGCUGCUACCUCAUGAAGCAUUACCGCUUCACGGCUGCAGAGGCCAUCGCCUGGAUCCGCAUCUGCAGGCCCGGCUCGGUCAUCGGCCCCCAGCAAAACUUUUUGGAAGAAAAACAGCACAGCAUGUGGAUGGACGGCGAUUUGUACCGCUCCAAGCUGCCGAGGCCGAGGCAGUACCCUGAGAGAGACCUUGUUCACCUCAUUUCCAGCAUAGAUGACCUUUCGCUUAGCAGCACCAGCUUGAACACCCAAAGCGUCAACGAGAAUGACCACAUGGAGAAUAAUAUUGGCUUAACUCAGGGGGACAGACUGCGAGCCCUGAAGUGUCGACGUCCUCUCAGGUCUCUGUCCGCUCGCAGGUUUCGUCCAUUACCUGGUGCCAUUUCACCCUCAAAGUCUUCCAAAGCUCCUCCCAGUUUUCCCGGCGGCCAUGUAACGAGGAGACUUGCUCAGAGUCCGCCGUCUGCCCGCAAAAUGAAAAGCUUGAAACCCGGCUUGGCCCGGUCUCUCGGCAACCUGUACAGCAUGGACGACUACGUAGACGAGGAAGAUGACGACCGGUGUGCACCCUCCUACCCUUCGCCUCCUCCUGCACCAUUCCCUCCAUCUUCACUCCUCCCCACCGGCCCACCUCCACCCCGAUUCGGGUUUGCAUACCCUGUCCCAAGUUUCCAACAGGAAGUUAACAACAACCUGAACAACCCUCCUGCUUCAACGCACAGACCCGGGAUGAGAGGAGCAUUCAGGUCAAACCCCAGAGGUCCCGUUCCAGGCGUGCUCAUGGGCCGCCAUCUUAGUCGCUCAAUUCCCUCCCUUCAGUCCGAGUUUAAGUACUAACGACACACAGCUGCAAUGACUCGUCGCCCGGAGAAGAAAAAUCCCUUCACCCAGCUACUGAACAUGUCAGACAGGGGAAGCAAAAACGGCAAAAAUAAAUAGAAUAAAUCACGGGUUCACUUCAGAAAGCUCA